GGACAGUUUUUCUGGAGGUUGUGACUGAAGGAAGCUGUUCUCCUCUGGAGACUGUGCAGUGGUUUGUGUCUGAGUUUUUCUCUCUCUCUCUCUCUCUGUUUGUCUGAGGGGAAUGCGCAGCGACAGGAAGGAAGGCGGUAAAGAGCAGCUCGAGGAGACCGAGACCGGGAGCAGGAGCGGAGCCACAGGCUCGUGUAUUUAGUGAACUGAAAUGGAGGAAAGGAUGAGUUUUCCCAGAAGGAGCAAAGAGGUGGUCAUCAACAAGGAAGAAGCUAACUCUUGGAGGAGCACUCUGUACCAAGAAAAUCAUUUUGCACCUGGAAGCUACUCAAAAGGUUUUAAUAAAAGAACAGAAACCCCAAAGCAAAGGGAAGUACAGGAGAACUAUGGUACCAGCCCAAGGAAAGGCACUCAACUGAUCAUGAGCAGCCCAAAUGCACUGAUAAGAGCAGGUUACAAUACAGGGACACGGUCCAAUGAUGGACGCAAGGAAAAAGGCAGAAAAUGGCACUCUGGUGAGAAGCAGGGUUCUCCAGUUCAGAACACAGAAAGGAAAUGGAGGGACAAUGCUUUUGAUUUGAAGUAUAAAUCUCCAGCUAAGGACCUUGAGUACAAUAAAACAGAACAGAACUACAAGACUCAAAGCAGUGGUGAUAAAGUCAAGAAUGCUAGAAAACAGCUUCGUAAGGAAUAUGUAAGUGAUGAAAUAUCUGGAAAGCAAACAGAAGGCCAAAAGAAGUCCAAGAAACUGAAAAGAAAUGAACAAAUGCAAGACUUCAGUGCACCCAUUAUUGAUGAACCCAUAUUAACAACAGAUCAAUGGCUUGGAUUAUAUCAAGCUGAAACAAGACUACGUCGAGAAUUUAUCUUCAGACUCAAUAAACCUGCCCGAAGCUGCCAUGCUGCAAAGUACACCUGUAAACUUUGUGAUGUGCUGGUUGAAUCUAUAUUUUCUGCCAAUAAGCACAUUAGGGAGAAGCGACACAAAAAGUGUGUAAUGGAAAAGCAAGAAGAAGAAAUGCUCACAAAGCUCCCUCCUCCAAAUCUCUCACAAGUAAGAGCAAUUGAUGCUGCCAUUGACAAGGUAGUACAGGAGCAUGGCAUAACUGAAGAUGAUGUGAACAAAAGGCAUGAAAUUACAAGAAGAAUGGAAACAGUUUUGCAGGUUUUAUUACCAGACUGCUCACUUAGACUGUAUGGCUCCUCUUGUACAAGAUUUGGCUUUAAAGAUUCUGACCUUAACAUUGAUAUACAGUUUCCAGCUCAUAUGAAUCAACCAGAUGUGCUACUACUGGUUCAGGAAAGCCUUAAGAAUAAUAUUUCUUUCAUUGAUGUUGAGGCGGAGUUCCAUGCCAGAGUGCCUGUCGUACUAUGCAGAGACAAGCAAAGUGGCCUUUUAUGUAAAGUGAGUGCAGGCAAUGAAAAUGCAUGGCUCACAACAUGUCACUUAGCUGCCUUGGCAAAGUUGGAACCUUGUCUUACUCCACUGGUUAUUGCCUUUAGAUCUUGGGGAAAGCUUUGUCACAUUGAUAGUCCAGAUGAAGGGGGACUGCCACCUUAUGCAUUUGCUUUGAUGGUAAUCUACUUUCUGCAGCAGAGGAAGGAAUGUAUUCUACCUGUGUAUCUGGGAUUAUGGAUUGAAGGUUUUAUGGUGGAUAACCUAGCCAACUUCAAUCUUAAAGGUGUAGAAAAUAACAAGGUUAUCUGGGAAUUCAAACCUGCAAGCGGGGAUGAUGGCAUUUCUAAUGAAGGAGCGGUUCCACUUGUAUUUGAACUGGAUCAACAAAACUCUGUACCUGUGGGGCAGCUGUGGGUUGAACUGCUUCGAUUUUAUGCACUGGAAUUUGCACUGGCUGAUUACAUAAUUUGUAUACGGAUCAAAGAACCACUUUCUCGGGAAGCUAAAGAUUGGCCCAAAAGGAGAAUUGCUGUGGAAGAUCCAUACUCUGUAAAGAGAAAUGUUGCACGAACCCUCAAUAGCCAAAUGGUAUAUGAGUACAUCAUUCAUUGUUUAAGAGCAACUUACAAGUAUUUUGCAUUGCCAAAGUACAAGUCAGCAAAGUUCAAGAAAAGAGACAAUGAAAAAAGUAAUUCUAAAGGGGCAUCUAAUGUUGUGGUAGAUCAACGGGAAUUGCUUGAACUUUAUCCCUCGAAGACACAGCUAAGUAGUAUGGCAUCUGCUAGCUCAGCAGAGGGCCCUGAUGGAAAAUGCUCACAGCUGCGUCAUAACGCUAUAUGUAAAGGUGGUGAAAAUCGGCCUUCUGAAGAUUCCUAUAGAAACCUAAAAACAGUACAAGAGUGUGGGAGUGAGAGCUUCACAGAGGAAGAGCUGAUAUCUGAUGUACAAAAAAUUAGAAUUACUGGGGAUGAGUUUUAUGAGGAUGAUCUAAAUCAACCAGAAGGUGAAGAUAAACACAGUGAUGAUCUUUUAGAAAGUGGAAAUGAGGAAGAACUGUUUGAUACAUCUGGAGAGCAGAAAGACAGUUCAACCAUUACUGGUAGGGUACUAAAGGAAGGUAAAUUCGAACAAUCUACAGAAGCAGAUAAUGAGACCUCAAGUGAUGAGGAACUGAGUGCGAAGCAUACAAAUUGUUACAGAGAUCACUUCUAUUCUGAAAGUCUUUCAGAUUCUGAGUGCUUUCUGAAUCCUCAGAACAUGGAAAGUGAUGAUUUUGGAGUGGAAAACUCCAGACUACUAGAAGCAAAACAUGUGGGAACAAAAUUGAAUAAAGAAGCUAAAGAAAGCUCUGACAGUGCAGAUGAAUUACAUAAUUUCUCUAAAAAGCCAAAGCAGCAUCACAAAGGAACAUUAAAUAGGAAUGAAGAAGGGGAGGAUGAGGAGGACGAUGAUGGUGAUGAUGAUGAGUUGGAUCUAAGUAUCACUGCACGGGUUCACCUGGACAGUCUUACAGCAGAAGAAGAAAUUGAGCAUGUAUGUACUGAGUCUAGUGAAGAAGCUAAUCAGUCUGAUGAAGAUGGAGUGAUUGACCAUGGAUUUCUGAACUGGAAGGGACAUACACCAGUAAAGUGUGGAAAUGAUGUGACAUCUCAGCUAGUCAGACACACUACUUCAAAUGAAGUAGCUACGAAGCAGAAACAAGAACUUCAGUAUGAAAUAAAUAAGGAAAUCGUUCUUGAGGAAGUUGGAACACCCUUGCAUGGAAAUGAAUUGCAAAGCAUUGAUGACAAUAUGUUUUAUAUGUUCAGUAAAGCUGUUUUUACAAAGGGCAAGGCUUCCAUAAUAGUAUGCAGCUUGUGUAAGCGAGAAGGGCACUUAAAGCCUGAUUGUCCAGAGGAUUUCAAAAAAGUUGACCUUGAUCCAUUACCACAAAUGAAUCCAAGCUUUCUGAAUGUCCUGGAUCAGGUUUCUACCCAGUGUUGCUGUGACUUUGCCCCAGAUCGUCUGGAAAUGCAAGCACGUGAACAUAUAUUGAUAAAACUGGAGGCUUUUAUCAGGAGAGAACUUGAUGCCAAAGCAAAACUCUGCUUGUUUGGGUCCUCCAAGAAUGGGUUUGGCUUUAGACAAAGUGAUCUUGAUAUCUGUAUGACAUUUGAAGAUCAGGAAACAGCAGAGGGAUUAAACUGCAUCAAGAUUAUUGAAGAUUUGGCAAGAGUGCUCAGAAAGCAUACAGGCUUAAAGAGCAUUCUGCCUAUUACAACAGCAAAAGUUCCAAUCGUUAAAUUUUUCCACAUAAGAAGUGGCCUUGAGGGAGACAUUAGUUUAUAUAACACUCUGGCCUUACAUAACACUGGACUGUUGGCCUCUUAUGCAGCAAUUGAUCCCAGAGUGAAAUGCUUAGGAUAUACUAUGAAGGUUUUUGCCAAGGUAUGCGAUAUUGGAGAUGCCUCCAGAGGCAGCCUUUCAUCAUAUGCAUAUACCUUAAUGGCACUUUACUUCCUGCAGCAAAGGAAACCACCAGUAAUUCCAGUCCUUCAAGAGAUAUACAAUGGGACAAAAAAGCCGGAAUUGUUCAUUGAUGGUUGGAAUGUCUAUUACUUUGAUAAAUUGGAUGAACUGAAAAGCAAAUGGCCAGACUAUGGAAAAAAUAAAGAGUCUGUAGGAGAGUUAUGGCUGGGGCUUCUCAGGUUCUACACAGAGGAGUUUGAUUUUAAAGAACAUGUUAUCAGCAUCCGGAGAAAAGCUCUACUCACAACCUUCAAGAAACAGUGGACUUCUAAAUAUAUUGUUAUAGAAGAUCCAUUUGACCUCAAUCAUAACCUUGGAGCUGGAUUGUCUCGAAAGAUGACAAAUUUUAUCAUGAAAGCUUUCAUCAAUGGGAGAAAAGUUUUUGGAUCUCCAAUUAAAUUCAUCCCAAAGCAAUAUCCCACAAUUAUGGAGUAUUUCUUUGAUCCAGAAAUUCUGACUGAGGGGAAGUUAGCUCCAAAUGACAGAUGCUGUAGAAUUUGUGGGAAAAUUGGUCAUUUUAUGAAAGACUGCCCCAUACGGAGAAGCAGCAAAACCAGACGACAAAAUCUCGAUGAUAUUAGAUCCAAAUCGGUGUUCAAUGAUAAAUUUCAAAGACCCUUUGAAACCAAAGCAAAAAGAAAGCUUGAAGACAAAGAAUGCCCAAACAAGGAAGUGCCAAAGCUGCACGGACAAGGUUUAAAGGAUAUUCCAGUAAAAGAGGGUGAGGUAUACUCAGAGAGUCGUCCAUUAAGGAAAUCUAAGGAAGACCAAGCAACAAAUGAAAUUCUCAGGGACAGAACUUCCAGGCAAUAUCCAGAACAAAGGAGGAAGCAGGAGGACAGAGAUAAAUGUUGCUUUAUCUGUGGAAAGGAAGGUCAUAUCAAAAAAGAAUGUCCUCGUCACAAAGGUGUAAUGAGUGCUGAAUUUGCCGCAUCUUCAGCAUCCAAUGUUGGAAAUGAGUACACCAAAGUAAAUGUGAAGGAGAAGAGGAAACAAAAAGUAUUCUUAAAUUCUCAACAAGGAUCAAAUGGCCCUCACCAAAGUCAGAAAUGCCAUCCUGUGUGACUGUUCUUCCUCAUCCUCCUCCUCAACUUCCCUGCAGCUUUUGACAUGGUCGAGUUCUGUGCCACCACCUCCAGUUAAGCAGGACUACUCACUUUGAUAAGCGCAAAAUACUGCAGAUGCUGGCAAUAUGAAACAAAAACAAAAAUGCUGGAAAAACUCAGUAGGUCUGACAGCAUCUGUGGAGAAAAAAAGAGUUAAUGUUUUGAGUCCUUAUGACUCUUCAGAGUUUCUUCUACUCACUUUGAUUCUCCUUGUGCUUUUUUUAAUGCGUAAAGUGCUAUGUUAAUGUAAGUUAUUGAUAUGCUUGCAUACAAUAUUUUAUUUAGUAUUUGUAGCAAAACCUGCGACAGUAUUAAUUGGCCAGUAUAAUUUAAGAUUUUAGAACAGUGCUUCUGAAUCUUUUUCCUCCACGGACCACUAGGUGGGGCAAAAAACCCUGCAGACCUCUGUUCUGUCAUACUGCACCCGCUUUUACAUACCACUACAAGAAAACUGAUAAGAAUUGAUAGGAAGAAUGGCACUGUUUUUGAUGAGGUACCAAUGAGGUGAUGUCUGGUUCCAAGCUGGAGAGUUUCAGUCUCAUGUUCAGCCAGUUCCUCCUCUGUGUUCAGCCCCACAAAUGUUGAAAAUCCGAUCCUGCAGUUGUAUGGUGUAAUAGUAUUAAUGUGUUCCUUAUAAAUCUACAUUGUUAUUGAUCAGGUUUAUGAUGACUUAUGCUGUGCGCAUGGGAGCCAGUCUAGUUAUGCAACGUCACACAAGUGGGGAUGAGGAUUCUUAAGUCCUCAGCCAUGGCAUUGCGCGUCAAUGACUUGCAUUUUGGAUCAGCUCGUAGACUUUAAGAAACACUGCUUUAGAAGGCAGAAAGAGCCCAUUGCAUUGUGUUUUCUAAUGAGUUAUAUAAAGUAUUCAUCAUGUGUAGCUGGUGUGUUUGGUUGCCAUUGGAUGGCUCCGGUUUGGUGCCUAUGUUAGACAGAAGCUGGAACCCCAUUCAAAUGGAAUCACUCUCAGACAUCCCUUCUAGUCAACAGUGUCACCCAAGUCUUUGAGAGUAGGAAGUUUAUUUUUUUUAACCUGUUCCCCACCCCACUUCAUAAAUGCUAGGGGCUGUAUAUAAAGAUAGAGCAGUGCCCAGAUUUUCCACAUAUUUGAGUAAUCAUUCUGAUGUAAUACUCAUUUUCAUGGUUUAUUUGAAAUUUCACACUUCUGUUGAAAUAAAUCUGU